ACAGAUGCAUACUGUGUUCUGAAUGCUGUUAUAGGGAAAUUGUUUAAAAUUUAUCUUUAUUGUGUUCAAUAUCUUGUUCGUUAUUUAUUCGCAGGAAGCAAAACAUCUCAGCAGAUGGAUUUUGAAAUGAACUCGAGCCAAACUCUGACACUGGACGUCAUUCCACUUUGCUACGAAUUUUUAAACAGUUCGUGUCCGAAACUGGCGUACCCACUCCUCCUCAGAGUGCCGCUCUAUGUGUUUUUCGGCUUGGUGGUGAUUCUGACAGUAUUCGGAAACUUUUUUGUCAUCCUGAGCAUCAUUCAUUUUAAACAGCUCCACAUGCCGACAAAUUAUCUCGUCCUGUCUCUGGCUGUAACGGAUUUGUUGUUAGGAGGAUUUGUAAUGCCUCCGAGCAUGAUCCGAUCUGUAGAAACUUGCUGGUAUUUGGGGACUUUAUUCUGUAAAAUUCACAGCAGUGUUGAUAUCACAUUGUGCACCGCGUCCAUUUUAAACCUGUGUUUCAUAUCCGUCGAUCGAUAUUAUGCUGUGUGUCAUCCCUUGUUGUAUCAGACCAUAAUUACACCUUUUGUCACGUUGGUUAUGAUUGUCAUUUGCUGGAGUGUUUCAUUCGCGGUUGGAUUCGGAAUAAUAUUUCUUGGUCUCAACAUCCUGGGCAUUGAAGAUUUUUAUUACGAAAACGUUGCCUGUGAAGGUGGUUGUGUUCUGUUCCAAAGCGCCGCCUCCAGCACCGCUUCCUCUUUGCUCUCUUUUUAUUUCCCAGGUAUCAUCAUGCUUAGCAUUUAUACCAAAAUAUUCCGUGUUGCACAAAAACAAGCCAAAUCCAUUCAGGACUCAAAAAAUAAAGCGCAAUCGAUGAUAAGCAAAGAGGAGAAAAAGGCGACAAAAACCCUGGCGGUGAUUAUGGGCGUGUUUCUCUCACUUUGGACGCCAUUUUUUAUCUGCAAUGUCAUCGAUCCUUUUAUUGGUUAUUUGAUUCCUCCUGUAUUGUUCGAUAUGCUGGUUUGGAUCGGAUAUUUAAAUUCGACCUGUAACCCGAUUGUGUACGCUUUUUUCUACAAGUGGUUUAGAAAAGCACUACGGACUGUUUUAUCUGGGAAGAUAUUUCAGUCAGGUUCUUCAAGAAUGAAUCUUUUUUCACAUUGA